AUGGCUGACACAAGGUCAAGAUCAAACUCUACUCCUCCACAACCUUCCGAAGAAAUACCCCCAGAACUGGCUCCAAUCGUCACCUUGUUAGGUGCUCAGGCUCACCGUCGUUAUAAUGAAGGUGUCUUUAUGCUCUUGCAGAGUAUCAACUCUGAUGGUGAACCAGUGCCAAAUCGUCAAUGGAGAGAAGUAUACGGUGUCUUGUUGGGGACUCAAUUGGCUGUUUGGGACGUUGAUGAAUUAGAAAAGCAUCAAAACAACACAGAAGCAUUGAUGAAUGCUAGUUCUAAGCCGGAUUAUAUCAACUUUACAGACUCCUCAUUCAGAGCAGUUGAUAGAUUGGAAAAUUCUCAAGGUUUGAAAAACAUUAUUAUUGUCUCUACAACUUUGAAAAAUCAAUAUCUUUUACAAUAUCAAGAACUUGAAGAUUUCCAUCGUUGGAACGCCGCUUUCAGAUUAUCCACGUUUGAAUAUACUUCAUUGCAAGAAGCUUAUACUGGUGCCUUAUUAUCUGCCAAAGGUUCAAAACUUUCAGAUAUCAGAACCAUUUUAUCAGAAUCGAAAUUUGAUUAUGAAGAUUGGGUUAGUGUUAGAUUCGGUUCUGGUAUGCCUUGGAAAAGAUGUUUUGCAGUUAUUGAACAACCAAACAAGAAAUCGAAAAAGGGGAAAGUUUAUAAAGGUUCAGUGUCAUUUUAUAAAGAUGAGAAAAAGCAAAAAAAACUGCUAUGGCUAUUAUUAAAGAUGCAACAAAAAAAAACUGCUAUGGCUAUUAUUAAAGAUGCAAGUGCUACUUAUGCUUUAUAUCCACAAUCCCAUAAGUUGAUUGACCAUAGUACAAUGAUCAAAUUGGAAGGUACAGUGUUUUUCGAUGGUAAUAAGAAAUCAUUGCCAAAAGAAGCUUGUGUUUAUUUUAUGCCUGAACAACAUAGUGCAGUUCCAGGUUAUGAUACUUUGAUUAGAUUUUUGGUUCCAUUAUUAGAUACUUUUGCGUUGUAUGGUAGACCUAAAAGAUUAAAUGCUAAUAAAAGUGAAAUGAAUUCUCUAUUGUUUGGGUUACCA